AUGAAUAAAUACUAAUUAUUGAAAAAUCAUAUCUAAUAAUUGAUACAAAAACCUCAAACAACAAAUAUUUUGUUUGUGAGACAUGGAUAAACCAAUUAGAAUUUAAGUAAUACAAUAUGUGGAUGGACAGAUAGUAGAAUGACAAUUAGAGGUAUAAUCAAAUUUUAAAUAAUAUUGAGGAAGAGAACAGGCUAAUCAAUUAUUAUAAGCAUUAUUACCAUUUCGUGAUCAAUUUAAAGGAGUAUAUACAUCAGAUUUGAGAAGAGCAAAAGAGACAGCUUAAAUAAGUUUAGGAUUUCCUCAUGAUAGUUUAAUAAUUGAAGAUUCACGUUUAAGGUUUAUAUAUAAUAUUACACAAGAGAACUCAAUUUUGGAAAACAUGAAAAUAUUGCAUAUUCAAUGUUAGAUUAAGAAACAAAAGAUAUUAUAUUCACAUUUUAAUACCAAGCUCCAGGGGGAGAAACUUGGUAACAAGCUUAAGAAAGGGCAAUGAAAUUAAUAAGAGAGAAAUGCAAUUAGAAUGGAACAUAUUUGAUGUUUUCACAUGGAGUAAAUUAUUAUAUAAAUUAAAAGGGAUUAAUUUGUAGUAUUACAUAUGAUUUGGGGUUACAGAACUCAAUAAGUAAUUGUGGUUGUGUAGGUUUAGAAUAUGAUUAAUAGAAAAAAGAAAUGAAAUAAAUAUUAUUCAAAUGGGAUUUACCAGAGGAAGAAAAUGAAUAAGAAAUAUGA